AUGAACAGGCUGAGACCAGGCAGUAAACAGCUUCCUGGUAACAGAAGUGAGUCUUAAAAACACUUGUGAGCUGUACUGAUACAUACAUAGAUACACACACUGGUAAACUUCUACAAUAAAGGACUCAAAAUGACUUUCCUUUUAACAUUUAUAAUGUUAUUGAAUGUCAUGAUUUUGGUGUCACAAGGUAAGGUUUGCACACCACCAGUGACUUCAUUAACCCCUUACUCUGGCUUGUGUCAGACAGACGUCCAGUGUAUCACCAGGCAAUGCAUCAACAAACGUUGCCACUGCAGCGGUAACUUCCACUUUGACCACUGCACUGCCAGGUGUUUGCCAAAUUGUGGAACUACUUUAUCUCAGACUAAGGGAGUCAUUGCUACACCAGAUUACUUCCACGGCUCUACGCACUCUUGUGCAUGGACUUUCACAGGACGAAGUAGUGAUUCGUAUGUCGUCUUUACAUCACAAAAUUGA